AUGGGGUUCCUCGGUCUCGGAGAGCCUUCUAUAGGCACGUUGAUCAUCUUCCUUGGCGCUUGGAUCAAUCGAGACUUCACCACUCCUGUUGACCAGUACGCCCAUGAGGCUCAACCAGAUAUUGAGCGAUCGGACAGUCCCGUGACGAAGGUCGAACCGGUGGCUUGGAACUAUCAGGAUCGAUGGCGCCAGCGAGAGAUCUCGAUCUUUGGGUUCCGGAAAACCGUCAAUACUCCCAACACUGCCGUCUUCCAGAACCGCCUUGCUAGCAGGCUUCUUCUUCGGUUCCCGUUUCUCAUCGAGAUUGUGUACUGGGCUCUCAUCUACAGCAUUUACCAGAUGGGCAGAGGCAUGCUUGCUGAAAGACUCCGGCAAUCGACUGUCGACGUAGCUUGUCACCAUGCCUUGCAGGUCAUCCGACUGGAGCAGAGGCUCCACAUCUUUUGGGAACCGGCCAUCCAGCGCUUCUUCCUUCAGUAUCCCGGGGCAAUGUACUGGAUCAACCGAAUCUAUUCCUAUGUCCACCUACCGGCAACCAUUACCUUCUUGGUCGGUUUGUAUUGGUUUGCUAUUACCCGCAAUCGGACGCUCGCGAGAUGGCGCCAGCCUGUAUCAGGACCGUACCUGUACGAAUCCAAACGCAGAAGCCUUGCCAUUUGCAACCUGCUUGCCUUUUGCGUCUUCUCAACUUGGCCCUGCAUGCCACCCCGGCUGUUGGGUGAUUCCAAAACACCUGGACAUGUCGAGCAGGCUCGAAGUUUCGGCUUCGUCGACACGGUUCACGGCAGGGACGGAGCUGUUUCGGUUUUUAACACAAGGCGCUUUACAAAUCAAUUGGCGGCAAUGCCAUCCCUCCACUUCGGCUACUCGCUGUUAGUUGGACUCUCGAUCAUGCAGCUCCCGAUUGCCCACCCUGGGCGUUGCUACCGCGUGUCGAUCCCUGUGCCGUGGUCAUCGAAAUUCGGCUUCGACGCCUUCACCGCCACCAUCAGGAUUCCAUCUUUGGCCAAACUAAUGUGUCAGGUCCUGGGGUUUUCCUACCCGGCCUUGAUUCUGACAGUUAUUGUGGCGACAGCGAAUCAUUUCAUCAUGGACGCCAUUGUAGGAGGUACCAUUUGUCUGGUGGCAUACAGAUACAACGAGGCCAUGCUUAAUUUUUUGCCUUUGGAGGAUUGCCUUUUGUGGUGCUUGCGCGUUCACAAGCCUGUCCAGGCACCUGUGUGCCUGCCAAAAGGUCCAGAUGAGCACUGA